UUGCGCGGCCGCGCGCUCCAGCGGGGGCGGGGAGGGGGGCUAGCUCGCCUCUGCGGAUACACACUAGUGAAUUUCUACAACCGUUUCUCUCAGUGUUACUAGCAGUGACAAAGCGGACAAAUGUCGAAAUCCGAGUCGCAAAUCUGUAUAAUCCCUCAUUCAUUUCUAUCGGUCAUUAGUGUUGAAUCCUGGACGUUAUUAUAGAGGUUUGUGUGCAUAAAGAGGACGGCUAUUCACAAUAGCUCACUAACGGCACUGGUUAGCUAGCGAGGCUGUUGUGUCUGAAUCGGUUGAGCUCAUGCUAGCAAUAAUACACCGUAUUUAUCCGUCUGCCCUGAUAAAACAUGUCAAUAUAUCCUCGAAUGCUCGCAAGGUGAUCAUGAAGCUGUUUAAAACUGGUUGGGCUUGAGUUCUCUGAGGAGAUGCUGAAGAGAAGUCCAUUGCUAUGUGAUUCACUCAGCUGCUCGUCGACCUCACUUUGGAGCUUCACACACUGAGCUAUGGUGAUGCUAAUCCACAGCUUUAGCACUAACCACAACAGCUGCCUUUGCACGAUCAUCACAGCCAUGCUGAAACCUGCUGGUCCACAGAUGGAUUGAUGCCUGAAAGCAGUUAUUGGCAACUCUGCCCUUCCUCAAGUUCUGGUUUGCAGGGCGUGCUGAGUUCCAGCUUCCCCCCCGGCCCCGUGCCUCUGGGACCUUCUGCUUCCCACCUGCCGGAGGGGGACAACCUGAAUCGUCCGCUCGCCCCGAGCACCUCUGUGACGGACCUGUCUUUUCCCGGGCCACCGCCUCCCCCCCCGCCACCCCCAAAACGCCACUGUCGUUCGCUGUCUGUGCCGGAGGACCUCUCACGCUGCCGGUACACCUGGCGGCCAAGUGCCUCCAAGGUUUGGACACCAGUGAACCGCCGAUGCCACAGUGGAGGGGGCGCGGGGGGGCCGUGUCCGCUGCGUGCCCCCAGUUCCUCUCUUAAUUCUUCUCUGCAUUCUUCCUCGAGCCCCACUUUCUUCAGCUUGGCCCUUUCCCCAGAUUCCCCGCUACCAUGGAGUUUCCCCUGGGACCCGAGUGACGCAGCCGGAGGUGGUGCCUGUUGCUGCUUCUUCCCUUCUGCUUCCUCAUGCUCUUCCUCUCCAUCUCCUCUUCAUCCUCCUCCUCCUCCACAGCGCCGCUUCUCGCUGUCUCCCGUGCUCAUCCGUGAAGCCGCCGCACACUUCCUUCCUCCACCCCAGGCACCCCUACAGCCUGCGUCCCAUCCUCCGGCUGUUCCAGCCUCGCCAUCCUCCGCGUGCAGUACUCCAUCUUCCGUGCGCCGUGCUCUUCCUCCUCAACUUCCACGCUGUCACUCUCAGCCAUGUGACCUCCUCCUGCUCAAGCCUGGCCUAAAGCGUCGCAGGGACCCGGACAGACCAUGUGCAAGGCCUGUGCUAGACUUCGCAAAAAUGACACAGACUCGAAGCACAGAUCCCCUCAGCUGUUUGGACCGUGGUAGACUUGCCUGUGGAGGUGACCUCUGCAUGGGCCUUGAACCUUUUUUUGGAGACUUCAGAGGGUCAUGUUCACCCGCUGAAGGUUUAGGAAGGACGAGUAUCGGACCGCUAAGCGAAAGUGAUGAAGAGGAGGAAGAGGAGGAGAGAGAAGAAGCAGACUCGUCUCGUGACGGUGGACAGCAAAGUGUUUUCGAGAGGGAUUGUACAGAAUUAGACAUUACUCUCAUUGAGGAGAAUUAAAAAAACGCCCCAUAAAAUGGAUGCCCCAACUACACCUCCCCCUUCACCACCUCUCUUUUGCAUUGCCAGCAUUCAACCCAUUUGUUCACCACCUGCUACACUGGCAGGCCUCUCAGGAACUCUGCUGCUCUUUCCCGAGCUGUGCAGGUGUAUAAAAUCUCAUUGAUGCAUUAAUGAAGACAUGUUGACUAGUAGCAGUUAUUACAGGUUAAUGCAGUUGGUUAUGGAUUUUGACCCAAUAUCAUAUAACAUUCCAGAAUCAGUUGCAAAGAUACUCUAAGGAUGUGAAUAUUAGGCCGCUGGUGAACACUCGCUAGGAAAUUUAGACGUUCUCUAAAUAAAAAAUCAUGAAAGACAGAAGAUUGAGCUUCUUGCGGUCUUUCUUUUUCUUGUCUUUUUUUUUCUUUUCUCAAUUUUUUCUUAGUAGGAAUAGUCUUUCGUGGAUGAUAGUUAUGAAUAACAGUGUUUUGUUCAGUUUGAAUAAUAAUAAAAAAAAAAAAGGUCAACAUGAGAGCUGUACUUUACUCUUUGGGCCUUUCUACUUCCUGAGAAAAAGUAUAUCUAAUUCAGCAUAAGCCUUAAGAUGCCUUUUUUCUUUAUCAAAAAGACUCUUGAAGGAAAUGACUUGUGUAUCUGUUGUCCUUCCUACUGUUACUUUUUUGCUGUCUCUUUUUUAUCUUUUAACCUGUACAAUGCAUUCCUCUAAAAACUGAAUACGUUGAGUGUACUUUGAGUUAUGCACUGUAUUUGAGGCAGAAACAGAAAAAAAAAACCCAGCCACUGAAUUCUGAGGGUGCACUGAAAUGCCGAACACGUCGCAUUGUACAGUAUUUGUUUGAAAUUGACAGAUUGACUGAAGAUGGUACCUUGAAGGGUGGAAGGUAUUUUUUUCUGUCUUUUUCUGUUGUAUGUGUAAUAAGAUUGAAAGUUCUGAUUCAGUUUAUGCAUAAAUAAAGUUUAUUUGAAAUUA